GCUGCUGCGUAACCAGUUGGUUUCUGCCUGUUUUCGCUUCUUGUCGCAUUGGAUUUGAAGACGAGGCAGCAGAGUUGGGUGUUAUUUUGGGAACUGCAUUCAAGUUACACAUGAUGCCGGGCUUUUCUGUCGCGCCGUGGAUAAAAUGACCGUUUAUCGGUCGGCAUAUGUCGGCCGGUGAGUGUGGAGGCAAACGGGACGGCAAACGCCCAGACGCGGAGACACGAGCCCGGACUGCAGACUUCCAGCUGGCAGGACCAGCAGUGUCUCAGAAGAAAGAGAAGGUGAAGGAGGACAAGUGGGACAACCUGUCAACACCCCAGCCCUGCUGGAUCAUGGGUAACCAUACCGGUAAAAGCAGCCAUGCCCCUACAGGUUCCCCUUUAGAUUUCUACCACACGCCUCCCACCUCACCCUCGGAGGCAGAGCUGGCUGCCAUGGCCCUACCCGCUGCAGCGUCCACCGAUCAGGCACAGACUCCAUCCCUGCUCGACAGCGCCACCCCCUCUGCGUCCCCAGCUGGCGACUGGACACAGAAACUGUCGGCUCCCUUGGAGUGGGCAGUGAUCAGCUUAGAUAGCAUCACCUCCACAGAGACAAAUGUGAGUAAUGCAGGAGCAAGACAGGACAAGGCAGUGUUCGGCCUGGACAGUCCGGCUCCGUUGCCUUCAGAGCAGAGCUGGCAGGAGAGAGACAGUGGGAUGGAGCCACAGUCUGCAGCAGAGAGAGCUGGAGAGGAGGUGACCUUGGUUUUACUUGGUCUGAUGGAGCGGUACAGGGUCUCAGUUGGCCUAACCCCCGGCAGUGAUGCUACCAAAGGAGCAGUAGAGCUGCUCAGACGCCUGAUAAAGGAGAGAGAAGAGCUGGUGGAGGAGGUGGACACACUCAGGGAGACACUCAGGACAGAGAGGUUGGAGUGGCAUCAGUUCCAGUGUGACCUGCAGGUGGCCGUGUCUGUGGCCGAGCGGCUGCGAGGCGAGUCCGAGCAGGAGCUGGGUUUACUCCAGCAAAGCCACAGAGCUGUGGAGGAGCAGCUGGCUCGGGCCCUCGGCAGACAGCAGGAGACGGAGCAGGAGCUUGAGAGGCUGAGAGCCGAACACAAACAUGUCUGUUGUCAGCUAAGUGAAUAUGCUGCAAAGGAGCAGCAGCAGCAGCAGCAGCAAGCCGAGUUGGCUCUGAUGACAAACAUCAGCACAUUAGAAGAUGGAGAAGAGUCUGAGGAAGGCCAGAGGACGAAAAAACAGAAGAUUACAGAUGAAGCUGAAGCUAACAGUGAAGCUAAAGAUGAGAGUGAGACAAAUCAAGAUGGCGAUGAAGGUGAAGCUCAUGAUCCUGGGAGGGUGGACGGAUCAGGAAACGGAGAGCUGACGGGAAAAGGGGUGGCAGAGGGAUACAUUCGUAGUUUGGCUGCUCUGGAAAAGAGGAAGGAGGAACGUGGACAGAGGGAUCCAAGAAGGAUUGUGAUGCUGUGUGAAAGAUCUUGGAGUCUUUCUGGUCUUCCACUUCAAACUGACUCAUCAAAUAAAAAUGACACUUCAAAGAACACAAGUACAACAUUGCCACUAUGCAAGAAAGAGGAGCCAACAAAAGGCAAAAGGAUGGAUCGUAUUUUACAGCGGCAGGAUAGUUGGUCCAGCUUUUAUACAGGGAAACAAGAGGAGGAUCAAAUCUUUGAUUCUACCAAACCUCAGGAUAGUUUCAGUGCUUUGCUGAGGCGUCACGGUGGCUCUAGAAGAAAUUCCCUGCUGCGCUGGUGCCAGAGUCGUACCCAAGGUUACAAGAACAUUGAAAUCACUAACUUCAGCAGCAGCUGGGAGGAUGGCAUGGCGUUCUGUGCCGUUUAUCACACCUAUUUACCCAAGCACAUUCCCUAUGAGAGCCUGAACCCCGCUGAGAAGAAAGACAACCUGGACCUUGCUUUUAAGACAGGAGAGAGUGUGGGAAUCACAGCCACAGUGGCAGCGGAGGACAUGCUGAAGCCGGAUGGGCCAGAUUGGCAGAGGGUCCUCGGAUAUGUUGAAAGCAUUUUCCGCCACUUUGAGAUGUGAUCAUCCUACAUCUUGGUCCUUCCCUCCUUUCUUUGAUUGGGAAUUAAAGAGCUAAAAGCCAGAAACACCGCUAACCACAAGAUGGAGCUCUUUACACAAUUAACUCAUCAGCCAAGAUCUGAAACGUGUCCUCAGUAUCGGACUCCACGACUUUAUUCAUGUACUUAUACAAUGUCUUUUACACUGGCACAGUUGUUUGCUAGCUGCUGGUGGAAAUGUCUAAAUAACAUUUAUCCCCUAAAGCACUUUGUUUUUGCACAUUACAUCCAAACAGCUGCGGGAGAAAUGUUCACAGGAAACGAAAUGUUCAGGAGAAAGCUCACCGUCUGCGAGGUUACUGGGUGCAGGCAGCACUGAUUUUUGCACUGUAUGUGUUUUAAAAAGCUAGAGACACUUUAUCCAUGUAUACAUAACUAUGUGGCAUUCUUACCCAGAAUAUUACAGAAUCUGGGUCACUUUGUCAGAACACUGUGUGCAUGCUUUGAAAAUGAAAACACAGACGGGAGCAAAUGCACUCAGAUUUUGAGGGAACCAUCGUAGUCUUAACUAGAAAAACACUACCGGUUUGGUUUGAAGUUAUUUUUGAGAAACUUUAUACAUACAAGUGUGUCCAAUUGUUUUUAAAAACAUGGUUGAAUUAUGAAAAUGUAAUGCAUUAAUAAAGUAUGUACUG